AAGUAGAAGCUACAAAUCCCGCAGACGCUUCUGCCUCCGGCUCUGGAUCUGCCUCCGGCUCUGGAUCUGCCUCCGGCUCUGGAUCUGCACUGGUCGAGGAGAUACUGGAGUUCACCAUCACGCCCAGCACUUCGCCCCUCGAGGCGCCGGUCGCGUUCAACUGCAGCGCGGCCGUCAUCGAUUUCUCGUCCACCGGCGGGGACAUGCUGGAGAUAAUUCGGCUCAUCGACAAUCAGCUACUGCUGGAUCUGACCGGAGAGUCCGCAGCCGUGGUGCAGAACACGGAGACGAAUCCCGGUGGUCUGGACGUGGUGAGUCUGUCAGUGGUAUUCAGUAACACCACCAUCACUCUGGAUGGCGAGUGGACGUGCCGCUUGCUCAGUGGCAGUGGUGUUGGCUCCGUCGGUACUGGACCGCUGUCGGCAGUGGCCAGUCUGUUUGUGCUCGACCCUCCAAUAAUUCUCACCGAGUUCCGCACUACACCUCUAGACGCCGACUGCGGCGAGGGCAAUGGGCUGUCUGUGACUAUACAAACCAGCAGAACGGGUAUUGUCGACGAUACCGGAGUCACGGUGCAGUACGUGCGUCUCGACUCGGGCGUCGAUGCCACGACGCUUCCCCCAAUCACCCUGGCGUUGGGCGAUGUUGACGGCGACCUGAUCCUCACCGCCUCUUUGUCGUUUAAUCCGGGCGUCCCAUCCCAGGCCGGCGAUUACCAAGUUAGAGUGACAUCGAACAGGGGAGAUGCUACCCUAAACCAGAGCAUUACCUUUAAUCCUAAUCGUCCUCCUUUUGUGAUGCAACCCAACGGUAAUUUUGGCCCCGCUCCCGUCACACGUAGUCGCAGCGUCAUCCUGGAGCCAGACUCCCCUACGGAUCUGACCGUGCUGUGCCAGGCGAGGCAGUUCAAUACCCUCGACACGACUAUCCUGCUGCUGCUGAACGGCGUGGAGGUGAACUCCCCGUCCAUCUCCACCAUGCGCGUGGACUCUGCGAUGAACGACCGCUCACUGCAGGUCAGCUUCACCGACAUCCAGGUGGCGGACACUGGCGCGUACGUGUGUGAGUUCAUCAGCGACUGCGGCAACACCAGCAUCACCAACGACAUCACAGUCCUACCGCCGCCACCUGUCAUCAUCGAGGCACCCACGCCGCAAGCGCAGCCGCGCCUUCCCGGCUCGACGGAGCCCGAGGUGUUCACGUGCGUGGGCCGCACGCCGCGCAUCAGCAGCGCGCUCGGCGAGAUCAUGUGGCUGGACGGCAACGGCAACAACGCGGACAUGCUCCCGUUCGCCUCGGUGUCCGUCUCGAGACCCAACGACACGCUACUCGUGGCCAACCUCACUAUCAGCGGUGGCCUGGUGGCGGACAGUCAGACGUAUACGUGUGUGGUGUCGCACGCCUUCAACUCCACCAGCGUCAGCCUUCAGCACGUGAUUCAAGGCGGUCUCCUUCUGGAUGGCCUACGCAACACGUUCACGGCCAACUUCACGGAGAACGCCCUCGUGCCCACUCUACUCUCGCUGCAGCAUGCCGCACGCACCGUAGGUGACCUGAGCAUCUGUGAAAUCACACUGGAGCUAGUCGCUGCUACUGGUAUGCUGGAUGACCCUUCAGUAGAGAAGAUCUUUCCAACUAAGGCCGUCAGCGGAAGUAUUGAUAAAGUCUUUUCGGCACGCAUGCUAUCCUUCCGGAAUACAAUGAAUCCAAUUUCCCCUGAGGAUAUUGAGCUGAUCAUUCAGAAUCACGAGUACAUGAACAAAGCAGAAGAGAUUUCCGUCGGCGAUCGAGAAGUGAACUGGGUGAUGCGAGAUUGCUCAAGUAAUUUGGUUGCAGCGCAGGCCACCACACGCCUGUUCACAGAGCGUGUCAACGACAACCCUCCCGUCAUCACCUUCGAUAUCACCUUCGGGCUCGUGUAGGGCAUUCUCGUGUGCAUAUGUGCGCCGUGUGUAUGUGAUGGUGAGCGCAUCGUGACGUUUGCACGCACGUGUGUUUGUAUGCAUGGAGCUAGGCGAACGUGAUGUGGUGAAGGUGAUAACAUUUCUAGUGUGUUUGAGCACUCAUGUCUCUCUCUCUCUCUCGCAAGCUCUUUACUCACUGACUGCAAUGGUUUGCCUCCUCAGUAUCUCUGCAAUCUUUACUGUAUUUAGGCAAUGAGGUUGAUUCUUGCGGCAGAUAAUCUAUUAUGUCAGUUACUGAGUUAGCCCCCGGGGUGCCGCCACAUGUGUGCAUGUGUGUGUGUGUGUGUGUGUGUGUGUGUGUGUGCAUGUGUGUGUGUGUGUGUGUGUGUGUGUGUGUGUGUGCAUGUGUGUGUGUGUGUGCGUGCGUGUGUGUGUGUGUGCGUGUGUGUGUGUGUGCGUGCGUGUGUGUGUGUGUGUGUGUGUGUGUGUGUGUGUGUGUGUGUGUGUGUAUGUGUGCGUGUGUGUUGUAUCUUUGCCAUCACAAUUACUGCCGUGGCUAUGCUGCUGCUUCUGCUAAUUCCGUUAGAAAUACCCAGCCAUGCUGCCAGGUUUAUCUGCUAGGUUUCUGCCGCUAAUAAUAUUGACGGUGCAUCACCCGUGCGUAUUGAUUUGUGCCAAAUAAAUUGUGUGAGGUGUGUCCUCGGCCAAUAUCGUACACAGUCAUUGGGUGCCUUUUGCGAUAAUAAUUAUACGCAUCUCUGAAAGAGCAUCUAGACGUGCUACGGCCCCUACCUCA